ACAAGGACGCUCUGGCCCAGUCAGCAAAGCGGGAGCAAGAAUCAUACGUCCAGACCAACCUCCCUCUUCCCUCGGGCCGAGAGGACGAAGGAAAGUGGAAAGAGGGCUGAGCACGAGGGCAGGAGCCAUGGCUAUGUCUGCUGCUGCAGCUGCGCCCCUUUGCUGCACUGCUCUCGCCCGCGCUGCCGCGCCUUUGCGUUUAAGAACCAGAUCCGCGACUUCUCUCCGCGUCAACUGUCUUUUGCCAAGGAGCCUCAUUCUUGGAACUCCGAUUUUUGUCCAACGAAGGGAAGUAGUAUCACUUUUAGCUGGUACAUUCUCAGGAGCCCUUGGAUCCCAGUUACAAGGCAACAUGGCUGCUGCCGCCUCCGCAGAAGCUACCGCAGUCUCCGAUGACAACCACUUGGAGUGGAGCAAGAAGGACAACCGUCGUAUGCUUCACGUCGUUUAUCGAGUUGGAGAUUUGGACAAGACCAUCAAGUUCUACACCGAAUGCUUGGGGAUGAAGCUUUUGCGGAAGCGAGACUUCCCCGAUGAGAAGUACACCAAUGCCUUCCUUGGUUACGGUCCUGAGGACUCCCAUUUUGUUGUUGAGCUGACAUACAAUUACGGAGUCUUUAGCUAUGAUAUUGGAACUGGAUUUGGUCACUUCGGUCUUGCAGUCGAGGAUGUGCAAAAAGUAUGCGAUCUCGUGAAAGCGAAAGGUGGUGUGGUUUCCCGUGAGCCAGGCCCUGUUAAGGGUGGAAAGUCAGUCAUCGCUUUCGUCGAUGAUCCCGAUGGUUACAAAUUCGAGCUCAUUCAGAGACCUGCAACCCCUGAGCCUUUCUGUCAAGUAAUGUUGCGUGUUGGUGACAUGGACAGAGCUAUCGCUUUCUAUGAGAAGGCUUUUGGAAUGGAGCUAUUGCGCAAGCGUGAUGUCCCUGAGUACAAAUACACAAUCGCUAUGAUGGGUUAUGGACCAGAGGAUAAGAAUUGCGUGUUGGAAUUGACUUACAAUUAUGGAGUAACUGAGUACACCAAGGGCACUGGAUAUGCACAGAUUGCCAUUGGUACGGACGAUGUCUAUAAGACUGCCGAAGCGAUUAGGCACUUUGGUGGCAAGAUUGUGCGAGAACCUGGAGCUAUUCCCGGGAUCAACACUAAAAUCACAUCCAUCACUGAUCCAGAUGGCUGGAAAUCCGUUUUUGUUGACAAUGAGGACUUCUUGAGGGAGCUGGAGUAAGCUGUUGUACAUCACUGUCGAGGCAUUUCAGUUCUCGGGGUGCCAAUUGGUGGCCUCUUCUACUUACCCUUCUGUCAAUAUGAACCGAGAGUAAUGACCUUGCUCACAAAGCGAGUGUAAUUUUGAGACCGGGAAAUGUCUAUUUACCUGUAACGAUGUGUGUUUUUCGUCUCUAAUGGAAAGCUUUUAUCGAGGAUAGAAGCACGUAAAUCUUUCAUAUACUUUGGUACAUAUUGUGAGAUGUAUGAUUAAUCGAUACAUGGCGUGUAAGGGUUAACGCCCGCAAGCAUUCUUCGUUACGUUUCAGCAAUUAGUAAUGAAGGAUAGGCUUUCAUCGGUGGUUAAGAUGAUGUUAUGUGAAAAAUACUUGUAAGUGAUCCCGAUGUUAUUAUCUUCA